AUGAAUAUAAGAUUGGUGUGUGAAAUAAUAGCCAUGACUUUGCUACAUGUCAUAUUUUACAAGGUGUCCAUUUAUUACUUAUUGAGGUAUUUAGACAUUUUAAAUCAUUCGAAUAAAUUUAAUAAAAACAUUUUUUUCAUAACCUUUUUAGUUUGUAUGUCUAUAUUUUCCCUUUUCCUUUUUGAAUUAUCCAAUAUAGUAUCCAAUGGUACCAUUACGUACAUUUGGCACAUUGACAUAUGUAUCCUAGUGUUCUUGCUGUAUAUAGUUAUUCCAGUAGAGUUCAUCAACACUAUAUUUGACUCGAGUAAUUACAAGGAAAUCCUGUCCCCAGAAUUUAACUCACACUCACACAUCAAAUUGAUAAAAAAAUAUUAUAUAAAAAUAAGUGCCAUUUAUAAGGAGCAAAAUGGAAUAAGCAAAAAAAUAAAAAAGCAUUUUUUUCUCAUUCGAAGUAUCAUAUUUUUAUCACUUCUAUGGCUAAGUUUAUACAAAUUAAAAAAUAUGAUUUACCAAAAAAAUUACAAUUAUGUUAUAGCAGAUGAUAACACGCUCAAUAUAAGGGAAUAUCUCUUGUAUAGUAAGAACGUUGAAAUGCGGAAGAAAAAUCAGAACAAAUUCUUUAAUAAAACCAUUUUUUAUUUACUAGAAAGGAGGAAACAAUGCUUUAAUUACUACUCCAGCGCAUUUCGAGACUUCCAUCGGUAUUACAACAAGGGGCAAAGCCAAGGGGGACAAAGGAAGGAACAAAAAAAAUCUAUAUUUAGAAGAUGUAUUGACAGAAUCUAUAACUUUAUAGGAAUCAUUUGUUUUAUGUUUCUACAUUACUUAAUGUUAUUGUACAAAUUCGUCAUCGGAGAGCUCCUCAUAAAUAUCUGUGCCCUUGGAGUAACGACCAAUUCUAUAGUCGCAGGUAUAUCCUCCAUGUAUUUUAUUUACGACUACAUUAUCACCUUUGUCUAUUAUGUACAUAUUCCGAAAAUACAAAUGCAAAUUUAUAAUAUUGAAGAAAGCAUAUUAAUUAACUUCACUAAUUAUAUGUUUAAAAAGGAGGAACUCCAAAGGUUGCAAAGUAACUUUGACAUACAUUCAACAAAAUUUCUGUAUGAUGCGAAAAAGGCAGGAUCUCCUGGGGGGAAUGGCCUUCCUGCUAAGAAUACUCCCCUGUUGGAAGUACCAGAAAAAAAUAAUGCAGAGGGAUAUGUGGAAAAGCAGUUUCCAUUCAAAGAGGAAUCCGAAAAAAAUAGUGAACAAGGAUUUAAUGCGCGAAGUAGAACUGCCACAAUGAAAAAAAAAAAAAAACCUGUGAAGAAAUCUUCCGUCCUUGUCAACUUUACAAACCGAUUAAAAAAUAUGUGUACCUUUAAAAAUAGUAGCUUCUUAAAAUAUGUAGAUAGUGGCGGUCAAGUGAGAACCACCGACUUUACCUUUUUGGAGGACAAGCUCAGGAACUUCAAAGCAAAUAACAAGAAACAGAAGAGAUUAAGUACGCACAAUUUUGAACAACCAAAAAAUAAAAAGAAAAGUGGAAAUUUCAGCGACCAUGAAUCAACUGUUAUUAACUAUUUCUAUAAAAACAUAAAUAAGGAUAAUGUGCAUCCUUUGAAGAGGUCAAAUAGUUGCCCUCAUUCCUUUAUCGAAAGUCAUGACGCCUCGUCUGACGAUGAACCUAGUGUGGAUGUGAUUGAGGAUAGGAAGUUAAGAAAGUACGCUUCCCUAAAUGUAAUGUUUGACAGUGACAUCGCCUCCUCCAAGGAGGAAGGCCCCAGUCGCACGGGGAGUGGAGGCGACAGCGGUGGUGAUGCGGAAGCUGAUAAAGGUGGUGGUCGUGGCGGCAGCAGUGGUAGUGGUGCUGAUAGCGGCGGCGAUAGCGGCGGGAGCCGGCACAAGGAUAAACGCAGCCGCGAUGAAGGAGAAUACGGGGAAGACACGCCCAAGACGCCAAACACGCGCAGGGCAGGCACCAAAGUAUACUUCUUCAAAAGUAUCAGCUUCCCAGUGAACAAAUUCGAAACAGCCAGGUACAACGACAAAAAGAAAAAAAUGGAGCGCAUUCAAUUUUUGUACGAAAUGGAAAAGAAUUUCCACGUAAAAAAUAAAGCAAGCAUUGAUGACAGCGAAUUGAAGGACGAGCCCAGCGAACGGAACGACACCCAGGCAAAUGAAGAGCACAAUAUGUAUGACUCGUGUAAUGAAGAAAUGCGCAAAAUGCAAGACGUUGAAAAUUACAAUAAAUUAAAAAAAGAAAUAGAAAAUAUUGUGUACACAAAUACGAGUAUGUAUUAUUCGUUAAAUGCAAUAUUGAGCAGGAAGUUUGAAAUUCAAAAGAAUAAAAAUUGCUUGGUGGGAAAAAUUAAUGUCUUUUUAAAUUCGGUCAUGUUUUUAGCAGUCAUUUAUAAAAUUAUUAUGUCCAUUUUGAACAUUAUAUUUAUAAGAAUAUAUAUACGGGAUCCCUUUUCCAAGAUUAUUGAAAAACUAUGUUUAUUUUUUAAUAUAAAAUAUAAUAUAGCCAUAAUUUAUGGGCCAUAUAUAUCUUUAUUGUACAUUUCGUACAUCGUAGCAAUUAACAUGAAGAAAUUUUUACAACAGGUUAUGCAGAUAUCGACUUAUUUUUCUUUUUAUUUUAAACUUUUUUCAAAUAUGUGGAUUUUGUUAAUUUCCGAAUUAAUGGGCCUCUAUUUUGUGACCAACUCUUUGCUCUUAACUUCCUACAUUCCUGUAAACUACAAUCACAUUAUGAAUUUCGUCAUGGGAGAUAAUUAUGAUUAUAAUAUAUUUCAUUUGCAUUCUGAUUAUGUUUUCAUCAUAUCCUUUACCUCUACGUUAGUUUUUUGUGUCCUUUACAUGUUUUAUUAUUAUUUUUUUUAA